AUGAAAUCAUUUCUUGCGAUUCUCGCCGUUUCGGUGAUCUCUGUGACCUUCUGUUGGGUGGAACCAAAGACCUUCUGCGAAACGGAUGCAUAUUGUCAAGAUCGUGGAUGGGAAUCGUGCAAACUCAUGCCGAAUCGGACUUAUGGGAUUUGCCAAGGACUCAUUUCCAGUGCCGGCACCGAGACGGAUGCCGUUAAAUCGAAGUCUACCCAAAUAAAUGAAGCAUGCCAGAAC